CUGCCGUACCGACAAAUGAUGUCAUUUGAUAACAAUUUCCCACCACCGUCGACUAAUAGUGGCGACCGACGUCUCUCAACUCUCCUCCACUCACCACUCUACAGUCCUCCAGUCGCCUUCCAGCAAUCGACUUGUCAGUCGGCAAACUCGCAACAGCCGUCAGCCAGUCGUGCCGCUCGUCAGUCGUCACCGGCCGAGAACGAAACGGCAAACGCAAAUAUAUUCGAUUUUGCCGUCAGGUCAAACAAAUCGACGUCGUCGAAAAAAACCACUACGAUGACCACCGCUCCGGCCAAGCUGUACGGCAAGAACCUGAGCGAUUACGACGAGCUCGACGUCGACCAACUUCUCUCUCAAUUGUCACCCGAAGAAAUCAGCAUUUUGGCCAAAGAAGUCGACCCAGAUGACAACUUAUUGCCACCAUCAGAGCGUUGUAGUUAUGAAUGUAACAAAGAAGCCACAGGACCAUUAAACAGAAAAAAACUGAUUGAACAUAUUAACAAACAGGCUCUAGAAACGCCUGAUCUACCAGAAAUUAAACCAUAUGUUGCUGGAACUGUACGAGGGAAAAAGUGGGUGGCACCUGAAACCAAUGGUAACACUGAACAUGAAGAUAAAAUUGCCAUUGAUAUUGAUGAUGAAUAUGGUGAUGCAUUAAAUACCGCAUCACAAGAAGAAAUCAUAGAUUUGGCUGCUAUACUGGGAUUCCAUUCAAUGAUGAACCAAGAUCAAUAUCAUGCUUCACUUUUAAAUAAAGGUCAGCCAAUUGGUUUAGGAUGGGACGGUGUUACCAAGGCAACACAGCCUAAGGUUUAUCCCCCAGAGCCACCCAAUCAAACAGAUCCAGAAGACAGUAUUAAACGAGUACGUGAUGAUGAUUCUAAGCUACUUGAUCUCAAUUGGAACAACAUUAAAAAUAUUUCUGAUGAAAAGUUUGAGAAUCUAUUCAAUGCUUUAGUGGAAAAUACUCAUUUAGAAACAUUAAGUUUGGUAAAUGUUGGACUUACUGAUCGAUUAGCAGACAAGCUUGCUGAAGCAUUAGAAAAAAAUUGCACAUUACGUGUUUGCAAUGUGGAAACAAAUUUUAUUAGCCCUGUAGGAAUAAUUCAUUUAGUCAAGUCCUUAUUGAAACAGAGAUCUUUAGAAGAAUUCCGUGCCACCAACCAGAGAUCCCAAGUAUUGGGAAAUAAGAUAGAAAUGGAACUUACCAAGUUGAUUGAACAAAAUCCAACCAUUCUUAGACUCGGUUUGCAUUUGGAGUACAAUGAUGCUCGUCAUCGCAUUGCAUCACAUUUACAACGCAAUAUUGACAGGAGCCGCUUACGCAGAACUGGUCACUUUGCGCGUACGUACACUGGCGGUUGGGUUGUACACAAAAAGGCUAAAUAAUUACGAGUUUGUGCCUAGACCUUGGUCCUAGACUCUUAUUUUUUAAGUAUUUAAUUAUAUACUAUAUUUAUAUAAUGUAUUGUUUUUUUUCUCCUCAUUAAUUGUUCAAACAAUUUGUAUAUAUAUUUAUGUUGCGGUCUUAUGCUGGCCUUAUCAUAUGCGUUUAGUUAUUAGUGCAUGUGUGUGACAAUUGUAUUGAUUUGAAUUUUUAAACAUAAAAUUGUAUUUAUUAAUAUAAUUGAGUUAAACAAAUUUAUUAUAUAAAAAGAAAUUUUAUCUUGUUAAACUGCACAAUUUUUUUGUGCGUAUUGUUUUAAAAAAAUGAUAUAUUUUUUACUAUUGAGUUGUUUAUACAAAAUUAAGUAGUACCUAGAAAGACUAAUUAAAACAAAUAGUAUAACCAUAUUUUGAUUUUGUAUUGCUAAACAUUUAUAAUUAUUUUAUUAAGGUUAUUAUGUAUUUUUACACUGAUACUAUUUCAUUUUUAAUUGCAUGAAAUGCCUUUAAUUGUAAACAAUUUUAUUACACCAAAUUUUGCCAUACUAUUUUUAUAAACUGAUUAUUUUGUAUUAAUGUUUCUGUAGUGUUGCAACAACAUUAUUAUAAUACGCUGAUCACUUAUUAUACUCACUUAAAAUAUAUAGUAAUGUAUAACGCAA